AUGCAAAUCAACACGUCACUCAUUCAAGCCUAAAGAGAUGCCUUAACUCCAAUCCUAAAGCCAGACAUAAGAAUCCCUUUUAAAAUACUCUGUUAUGAUUCCUACUGUGAAAAAAGAUUGUCCACUAUAUACAGGGUAGGAGAUUUGAGAGAAAUGUGCAUUACUCUUCAUUUCAAUCUUGAUCAAAUUCGAGAGAGAUUGCAUGGAGUCACAGCAAUUUAUUUCAUACAACCAAUACAAACUAGUAUAGAAAAGAUGGUUGAUGAUUUUAAUAGAGAUCUUUAUUCAGAAGUGUACAUUAAUUUCUCAUCUCCUGUUGAAAACACUUUAUUAGAAUACAUGGCCAAAGAGCUUAGCAAAAUUAGUGGAGCUGUCUAAAAAAUAUAAAAAGUAUAUGAACACAAUCUUGACUUUGUUGCUCUUAAUCAUAAUUUCUUUAAUCUGGAAAAUCAAGUUGUAAAUGGAUUGUUUUCUAUCAUAAUUGCUCUUAAAAUCUAACCAUUGAUCAUAUUCCAAAAGAAUUCAAAAAUUGAACAAAUUGCAAAAGAAUUAAUUGAAAAACUCAAAUAAUUUGAAAUCAAUUCAGAUUACCCUCUGCUAGCAAUCAUCUUACCAGACAGAGACAUCGAUCUGAAUACUUUAAUAAUGCAUUCAAACACAUAUGGAGCAUUGCUUCAUGAUACUCUCAAUAUUCAAUACAAUAAAGUUAAAUUAGAGGAUCAAGUAUAUGAUCUCUCACCUUAAUAUGAUGAUUUAUGGCUCUAAGCAUGCAAUUUGGCUUUGCCUUAUGCAAUCGAUAAAAUUGAUAAUGAAUUAAAUGAUUGGAACACUCAAUAUUAAUAAGUGUCAUAAUAAAAUUAAGAAAUUUCGAGUGCACUUAAUGCUAUUGAUUUAGUGCCAUAAAUGAAUCAAUAAAAAAAGAUGGUUGAUUCACACAUUAAUCUAGCUAAAUAACUGACUCAAAUUGCAAAAUAAAAGUCACUUGAUAAAUUUUAUCAAUUGGGAUAAAGCAUAUUAUAAAAUGAUACUGUGGCAAUCAAUGAUUAUCCUCAAUCAGAAGAUACUUAAAUUGAGUAAUCCAAGGAAAUUGAUAAACUCAGAUUAUUGAUUCUAAUGUUAUUAAACAAUUACAACCAAUAAGAGUUUAAGAAAUUUGAAUAGCUGUUUUCAAUUAAAAAUGAAAAAUAUUUGAACAUUCUUUCUAAUUUUAAAUAAAGAGUGGCUUCUAAUUAAAACAAUAAAUAGCAAAGCGCAUAUAAAUCCUUAUUUGCUGCCAUCACAUCCAAGAUGCCUAAUUCUGGAAAGGGUCUAUUGAAAAAUGUUCAAAACUUUUUAUCGCAAGGAAAGAAAUCUGCUAUUGUUCAAAUGUUAGAAAAUCUGUUUUUAAAUGAAUUGAAGAUCGAUGAGUUGCAAUCAAUAUUAACCAUGUAUGAUUCCAGAGUUAAAAAUAUUUCGAGGUUAGAAUUCGGUUUAUUGUAAACUAUCAAAGGCAUCUUAGUGUGCUUUACAGAUGGGGCUUGUUAUAAUGAAUAUGCUGAAUUAAGUGAAUUUGCUAAAAGCAUUAAAAAAGUGAUCAUUUAUGGUGGAAAUAAAAUAUAUAAUGCUGAAGAGUACUUGCUUUAAUUUUAAUGA